AUGAACAACUCCACCAGAUUCCUCUCUCUCUUUUCUCCUCCUCCUCUCUUCAUCUUCCGUGGCAUCUUCAUCGGCCGCGUAACCAACCUCCGCCGUUUCCACCGCCUGGCGUCUGCUCCUUCCUCCGUUGGCUCGCCCAAUCGAUGUUCUCUCAGUCUACUCGUGUCUUUGCCGCCGCUCACCCACACGAUAUCUCUGGGGAGGCUCCAUACUCACCGAGUCCGUUUCUCCGCCGCCGAUUUUGUUCCUUCUUAUCACCACCGGCUACUUGAAUGGACAGAGCUACUCCAAUCUCUCUCCGAGGCUGGUUACUUCCCAGAUUCUGGUCCAAUCUCCGAUUCCGAAAACGAUUUUUCCCCCGGUUUUCCAGAUGAACUCCUCCGUCCAGCUCUCGCUUGCUUAGCUCUUGCUCGUGAUCGACCCGACUUACUUGAAAUGCUUUCGAGGAGAGACGUAGAAGUGGUGGUGGAGAAUGGAAAGCCGUUCUUAUUUACGACAGGCCCAGAUUCACUGAAGAAGAUGAGCCUUUACCUAAGAAGUGGUCCUCAGGGCAUUGGUAAGAUACUGGAUAUGGAUAAGGCGAGUACAGUGGAUUUGAUGAGGCUUCUUUUGAGUUAUGUUGUGGAUUCUGCUUCUUCUGAGGGAAGCAAACACCAUAACCAAGAGAUCAUGGAGUCAUCGGUUCGAAGCCUCUUGAGCGAGAUAGCAAAGAUGAGCUUCCGUACUCCUGAGUCGAACGUUCGUGGCAGCACAAUGCAAAAUCAGUCCUCAUUCAGUAAUGGACAGCCACUCGGGUCCUUUCAGAAGAACAUUGAGAUGAAACGAGGCGACUGGAUUUGCUCGAGGUGCAGUGGCAUGAACUUUGCGAGAAAUGUCAAAUGCUUCCAGUGUGAUGAAGCAAGACCAAAGAGACAGUUAACUGGUAGAGAAUGGGAGUGUCCCCAAUGCGAUUUCUACAAUUACGGGAGGAAUGUAGCUUGCUUAAGAUGUGACUGCAAGAGACCCGGGGACUUCUCACUCAGUUCAGCAAACUCUGGUUAUUCAAAAGACCCUGAGCUUGAGAGAAGACUGAUAGAAAACGAAGAGAAAGCACAGAGGUGGUUUAGUAAAGUAGCACAGGGUGGUUCCGACGCAAACAGUGUUGAUACAGAUGAGGAUUUUCCAGAGAUUAUGCCGUUGAGGAAAGGAGUGAACAGAUUUGUCGUGAGCACAAGAAAGACGCCUCUUGAGAGAAGGUUAGCUAAUGCUGAGGGAAGCGUAGCCACAGAUGGAAUGAAAGGGAGCGAGGAUAAGGCAAUGGGAACUAAAACGAACAGGAGCUUGAAUGAGAUUCUCGGUUCUCCAUCUUCCUUGGCUUCUCGAUCUGAUGAUAAUAAUGUUUCUUCCAGGAGGUUUCAAUCUUCUCAUGUGGUUAACUCUGAUUUUGUCCCGUUCGUGCCACUACCGUCCGAUAUGUUUGCCAAGAAGCCCGAUAAGGAGGAAACGCAGAUAAGUGUGACCACCAACAACCAAAUGGACGGUGUAUCAGAUGACAAUCGAAAUGUUUAUCAAGAGGACAAGUCAAGUGCGAGUCUCAUUGGCAAAGAAACAGAUGAACCUGCAAAAGAUGAGAAAGAAUCAGAGGGAAAAUCCGCGAGGUGGUUCAAGAGGAUCACAGAGCUGCACAACGUUUCAGAUCUGGAAAGUGUGACACAGGAAGAGAAUUCUCCUGAGAAAAUGCCAAUGCGUAAAGGAGAGAAUCGGUUUGUGGUGAGCAGGAAGAAAGACCGUUCACUGACUUCUCCAGCAGACAAGAGACGAAUGUCCAUUGAAGCAAAAGACGCAGACUUUGUCCCUUUUGUCCCUUUCCCACCUGACUACUUCGCCAAACACAAACAGCCGGAGGAAACAACAGAUACUACUAUUCCAUCCCCGGCUACAGAAAACACCUCUCAGGUAGGAGUAGUAGAAGAACCAAGAGAACCUUCAAGCAACAAGAAUCCCGAGCCAAUGGCAGCGAAGAAGAUCAGAAAUGGAAAGAGCUUGGAGGGUUCGUUGGUGACGGAGCCUGACUUGUUGGACAUGUCAGAGGAAGCAAAAGCAGAGAGAUGGUUUAAGCGAGUGGCUGAGAUUCAGAACAUAUCAGAGCUGAGUCAGAUCCCGGACGAAGAUUUCCCGUCGAUAAUGCCGAUGAGGAAAGGAGUGAAUAGGUUUGUUGUCAGCAAGAGGAAGACUCCAUUGGAACGGCGUUUAGCUUCUCAACGCCAGCAGAGAAAUCCUCCUCCGAACACUGACUAUGAUCCAGCCGGUAAAGGAGAUAGAUGA